GGGCAAGAAACCAGGGCUCUGCGUCGUUAAUAGGCUGUUAGAGAAGUAUUCGCUCUUGUUCCUGCUUCUUCAGUUGCUUUUCCGGUACUCUCCGGAUGGCUCUAGCCUCAGAAAAACAUAACAUUUCUGAAGUAACACUUUUGGCACCCUCUAGUGCCCGUAACAAAAAUGGCGACUACCGCCUCCCGUAGCAAGUUGUUCUGUGAAGGAGAGCCGGGCGGAAACAGGCGAGAGGCAGGUGUCGCAAGACAGAUCCCAGCUUGCUAUAUAGGAGCUCUCCACGUCCUGGGACGGCUUGAGUGCGGGUUGUGGGGUUUGUUGUGGCUGCUUGUGGGGAACGCUCGGCCGUUUCUUGCUGCGGAGGCCUCCGGGCUGCACCCCGGCGUGCCAGCUUUCUCAGGGGCCGGUGGAGCGGGAAGCCCUGGCCGCUCACCAUGUGGGCCUUCCCGGACUUGCCGAUGCCGCUGCUAGUGAACUUGAUGGGCUCCCUGGUGGGGUGUGUGGCCACCCUGACUCUGAUCCCAGCUUUCCGUGAUCACUUCAUCGCCGCGCGUCUCUGUGGCCAAGACCUCAACAAAUCCAGCCGGCAGCAGAUCCCAGAGUCCCAGGGAGUGAUCAGUGGCGCCGUCUUCCUUAUCAUUCUCUUCUGCUUCAUCCCUUUCCCCUUCCUGAACUGCUUCGUGGAGGGGCAGUGUAAGGCUUUUCCUCAUCACGAAUUUGUGGCCAUGAUAGGUGCCCUCCUUGCCAUCUGCUGCAUGAUCUUCCUGGGCUUCGCCGAUGACGUGCUCAAUCUGCGUUGGCGCCACAAGCUGCUGCUGCCCACAGCCGCCUCACUGCCCCUCCUCAUGGUUUACUUUACCAACUUUGGCAACACCACCAUCGUGGUCCCCAAGCCCUUCCGUCUGCUCCUUGGCCUUCAUCUGGACUUGGGGAUCCUGUACUAUGUCUACAUGGGACUGCUGGCUGUGUUCUGUACCAAUGCCAUCAAUAUUCUAGCAGGAAUUAAUGGCCUGGAGGCUGGACAGUCACUAGUCAUUUCAGCCUCCAUCAUAGUCUUCAACCUGGUGGAGCUGGAAGGUGAUUAUCGGGAUGAUCACAUAUUUUCCCUGUACUUCAUGAUCCCCUUUUUUUUCACCACUUUGGGAUUACUCUACCAUAACUGGUACCCAUCCCAGGUGUUUGUGGGAGAUACCUUCUGUUACUUUGCUGGCAUGACCUUUGCCGUGGUGGGCAUCUUGGGACACUUCAGCAAGACCAUGCUACUCUUCUUCAUGCCCCAGGUGUUCAACUUCCUCUACUCUCUGCCUCAGCUCCUGCAUAUCAUCCCCUGCCCUCGCCACCGAAUACCCAGACUCAAUACCAAGACAGGCAAACUGGAGAUGAGCUAUUCCAAGUUCAAGACCAAGAGCCUCUCUUUCUUGGGCACCUAUAUUUUAAAGGUCGCCCGGAGGCUGCAGCUUGUGACAGUGCACCAGAGCCAGAACGAGGAGGGUGACUUCACCGAGUGUAACAACCUGACCCUCAUCAACUUGCUGCUUAAAGUUUUUGGGCCCCUACACGAGAGGACCCUCACCUUGCUCCUGUUGCUGUUACAGAUCGUGGGUAGUGCUCUUGCCUUCUCCAUUCGGUACCAGCUUGUCCGUCUCUUCUAUGAUGUCUGAGUCUCCCAGUCGUUGGCCCAUGACCUCAUAGUCACAGGGGGUCCUGACCUGACUGACCUCUGUGUGGACCAAGCUGCCUGCUGGCCCAGAUGCCUCAGCAUUUUUCCUCGCCUGUGAUAAUGGACAUCCGGGGCCUUUCUUGCUCCCUGCUGACUGUUGAUCAGACUUCCUGUGGCUUCCGUCAGUGGGCCACUCAGUCCUGCCAUCCUGUCUUUGCAGCCUGCUGAGUUGGGCUUCGGCAGCUUUUAUGCAGUCACCCACAGCUCAACUCCCAGGGACCUGACUCUGACCCCAGGGACAUGCUGGGCUGUGGGACAGGACCUGGGCUGGAAGUUGGCUUGACUUUUGACUAUCAAUUAAGUAUUCUGAUUAGUAAGGGCAGAAGGGGGGAGACCAGAUGCUCCCAAUAAUAACAAUAAAGUGUUGUCUUUUUUU